CAAUCGAAGACCCUGUGUGACGUCAUCAUAACUUACUUGGAAAUAUGUACCUGUAAUGGACGUGUCAGCCCUGGCAGUGGCUGACCCGGGUCCGACGGUUCAGGCUCAAGGCUGCGGUUUUUGGCACUGUCGAGACGGCGACGACGACGACAAGACCAACUCAAGGUAGUCAUGCCAUUCAGGCUUGCGGAGAUCCCCAUCGAAGUUCUGCUUGACAACUUUCUGCCCUUGCUUCCUGUCCCUGACUUGAACAAUCUCGGGUCGACAAAUCGGUUCUUUCAUAAUCUAUGCAAUGACAAUACCUUUUGGAAGAGGAAGAUCCAAGAGGAUUUCAAUUUCCCGUGCAACGAUACCGCGAGGAGCAGUGGUUGGAAGUUUAUCUAUCGCGGCUUGAGAAAUCCACGCACUUACGUCUGGGGAGAGUCGUCCAAAGGAAGGUUGGGCGUGCCAAAGUUCCGAAAGGCGAUUAUCGGAGAUGCCCCGUGGCCAGUCCGGCUCCAAAUCGGCCGCCCUGGCAUCCGUAUCGUCCACUUAUCUGCAGCGGGAAUGUCAUUCUUCGCUAUCGAUUCUGCAGGCGAUCUCUAUGCUUGGGGCACACUGGACGGCUUGGGGUUUGCCCCACCUAACGAAGGGUAUUCUGCACCAGGAAAGAUUGCAUUACAACCAAAAAGACUACAGCUGCCCGCCCCGACACAUGCUAUAAGUUGUGGAAGACUGCAUGCGACGACUCUAGACGAGAACAUGCACAUUUGGACCAUUUUGAGUUUUGGACGACCCUUCCGUUUGGUAACGCCGUUCUUGGAUGUGAGUUCUCCCCAGACAUCACCCCACCAAGUGGUUUCGGGAUGGAACUUCUCCGCUACAUUGACAAAGACUGGUGGCGUGUAUGUUUGGUUCCCAUGGGGCGCACAAAUCUCCAGAGAAAUCGACCAGCAGAACGACAUGAUGAAUCAACAGGGUCAGAGGGUAGAUGAAUUUGAAGAAGGCGUUAUACCCUGUGUGACCUGGCAACUCCACCACGAUCCCCAUGGGUUGCCUGAUCUUCCACACUUACCUUGUCUUUCCAGUGGCACCUAUUCCAAGGAUAUUCGCCUGGUGAAGAUCGCAGCGAUGGAGCACGACAUUGUUGGACUCACCAACCAGGGGCACGUCAUUAAGUUCUGUUUGCAUGGGGGUGAGCUAUCCAGGUGGACGUCAUGGGAAUACCUUCCCUUGUUCUCUGAACCUGACAAAAUCAAGGAACAUCUAACAUGCAUUGUCCCUGGAAUACAGCUUCCUGACAACAUUCUGAUCACUCACAUCUCUGCUCAAUUUUCAACUUUCGUUGCGUAUUCCACUGGGUCUAGCUCGGUAGUCCUCAUGGGUACAAGGGAAACCGACACCCACAGCAGACCGGAAAUUAUCCCCUCAUUGCAGAACCGCAACGUCAUUUCUGUUGUCAUCGGAGACUAUCACUACGGGGCAUUGACGUCCACGGGCAAAUUAUUAACAUGGGGCAAUUUCUCCCGUGGCGCACUUGGUCUGGGAGACCCUGCGAGAAUUGAACCCGGUAAGCCCGGAGGGUAUAUAAGCGAAACACAGCGACAGUCGGCUGCCCGUCAUGGAGGGCCAUUUCCGCCACGUGUGACGGAGCCCACCGAAGUCAGGUUUGAUCACGACGAGAAGCGCCGCCGGGAGAGGUUCUGUUUUGCAGCGACGGCGGCAGGGUGGCACAUGGGAGCGCUGGCGAUUGAUCUUGAGCCAGACGAAAGCGAUGAAGACGAGGAAACGGUGCGCAUGCCUGGAGGUUUUCCUCCCACUCAAGAGACUUCGCAUGACCCGGAUGACCCUGGCCCCAGCUUCCCAUUCGCCAUAGGGCCACCACAUUUGUCGAUAUACAGAAUUGGUUUUCCUGGGAGAGGUGGAAUUCGCGGUUGGCAACCCCCACGCGGGCGGGGUGGUUGAUGGGCAUGGGCAUUUUUCACAAUGUAGAAGGGUGUAUGGUGGCUAUGGAGUUGUAUCUUUGUAGACGAAUACUUGUAUCUCACGUCACUGUAUCGAAGGAUUCUUAUUCACUCUGCAAUACUGGAAGCU